GUAUACGUUUGUUUGCGCGUACAGCGGCACACCAGCAGUUGCAGCAACGGCGAUGCAUGACUAUAAAAAUUAAACCAUUGCAGUCCAGAAAUUACUCGUGGUCUCGAAUACCUGAACACCAUGGCAGAUCUACGGCCCGAGAUUCGCCAUGUGGAUAUGCCUCAAGCAAUGCAGGAGAGGGCAAUUCAAGUGGCCAAGGAAGCAUUACAAAAACGAGUGAAAAACAAUGAAAUCGGGGCCUAUAUACGCGAUCGGUUUGACACGGAAUAUGGGCCAGCGUGGCAUUGCGUGGUGGGGAAAAGUUUCGGUGGGUCCGUGGCAUACGAAGAACAGCAUAUCAUUUAUUUCAAGCUCCAAAACAAGGCUUUCAUGUUAUACAAAUGGGGCUAAUUUGUAAAUGAACGGUUGUGAUCUACCUGUGGUUUUGUCAGUCUGUGUUAACGCCCAAUGCGCUACAUCAGGAAUAAAUUGUGUUCCCUG